AGUGAACCGUAUCACAGAGCACCGUGAACCCUACACAGACAUUUACUGUUAUUAUAACGUUCAAAGACGUUUGGUGGAUUUAUGAUAUACAUGUACGCAAGCUUUAUCUACUAAUACUUUUUCAAUUAUUGUUCAAGUAGUUAAUUCUAGCAUGGACAACCUGAAGAGAGAAUUACUAAACGGACUUUCAGCUAAUCCAGUGCAUAUCCCAGCAUGGUACCGUUAUGACGAAGAAGGAUCUCGGUUAAAUGAUAUUUGUAUGGAGCAAUGCAAAUGGUACUACUUUCAUCGUUUUGAAAGGAAAAUUCUGAGUGACAUUUUAACAGAAUUGAUAGAAAUUUUGAAAGAUUCGAGAAUGAUUGUUGAUCUUGGUAGUGGAAAUGCAAGCAAGACAAUGUUGAUCUUAGAUAAACUUUUAAAUACGCAUGAAUCUCUAACUUACGUCCCAGUAGAUAUUUCUAAAGAUUUUCUUAGCAAAACCGCUGCAAACCUGAAAACAAUAUAUGGAAAUAAAUUAGAAAUCCAACCAAUCGGAGAGGAAUACAUGGCAGCACUGAGAAAAGUAAAAACUAUGACAGAUAAAAAAAUAAUUGUAUGGUUUGGAAGUUUGCAGAGUUUAUCGUAUGAAAAGCAGUUAGAUGUUCUAUUGGAAAUACGAAACACUAUGCAAGUCGAUGACAAAUUAUUGAUUACAUUUGAUGUGACAGACACAUCUCGUAAAGACAUUAUAGAGCUUUCCUACCUAGAUCCUGAAGGAUACAGCGAAAGUUUUUAUCUUAAUUCCAUCCAUCGCUUGAACAGAGAAAUGAAUGCUAAUGUUGAUAUAUCAAAGUUCAAAAUUAAGAAUGAAUUGGUGGCGAAUUCAAAGUCAGAUAAUUGUAGCUACGUGAAUGUGUAGAUAGAGGCAAUCGAGAAUUCUGAGGUUCACAUAGGAAAAUUAGAUUUAACCCGGGAAUUUCAAAAAGGAGAAAGAUUAUACCUGCACGAAGAUGGCGGGAUUAGCUCCAAACAUACUAUUGAACAAUUCGAAUAUCUCUUGAAUAAAGCGUCAUUGGGAAUGGAGAAAUACUGGAUGAAUGAACAUGUGGCAGUGAUAUUAAUGAACCGGAAAUAAAUUAUAAAUAAAUGUAUAUUGGGUUGCAUAAUGUUUUGCUUGUAUUUUA